CCUCCUGAUUAGUUAGUGAUGACACCCCAUAUGUGAACUCUAGCAUUUAGAGGCUGCCAUCAUGGUGAAGAGAUGAUAGGGAUUGAGAGAAAUAGCAUGCGCAUCUUUCGCAUCAAAUUGUCCUGACCCCACUGGUCGAGAGUGAGUGAUUCAUUUUCAUUUUCUAUAUGCUCUUGUACCCCGGUGAGGACCUAGAUUGCUCGGUCUCUAUUCUGAUGUCUUGAGUUAGAUGUAUGAGUUGACUGUUUUGAGUAAGUGGUUGAAUCAAGUCUAGGUUGGCCAGUGAACAGAAGGGAGACUCUUCCUUUACUCGAUUUGCUGCACUCGAACGUCCUUUGUGGUGGUUGUCCAGGUUGUUGUUGAGGUUGUGCAUGUAUUGAUGUUUGAAAACCAGUGCGAUUCACGUGUUCUGUGCCUUUAUGACUUGUCCCCAAUGUUGGUUGAUUGAAAUGUGUAGGCUUACCUAGUGUCUGACUUGGUUUGCUUGGGGACAAGCAAACGGUUAAGUGUGGGGGAGUUUGAUAGACCGUCAUUUACACAUGUUUUUACCCCCGUUCUUACACCGUUUGAGGUGUUGAUUCUCGUGUUUUAGGCCGAUUUCACGCUAGGUUGUGCUUGUUUGUGAUAUUUCAGGUCCUAGUACGUGAAUGAAGGCUUAGGAGCGAGUCUGGGGUCGAUUGGACGAAGAACGGACGAAUGGCGAGGUUUUCAGGGAGCUGCACGGGCAGACCAGGGAGGCUGCACGGCCGUGCACGGUUGCAAGCUGGCCGUGCGCCUCAUGCCGAGGAGCUGCACGGGCAGGCCCUGAGGAUUGCACGGCCGUGCACCUGGCCGUGCAAGAAGCCUGAGUUCAAUUAAGGGAUACGCUGCGUUUCAUGGUGCACGGCCAGAAUGGUGAGGUGCACGGCCGUGCACCCUGGCCGUGCAACUCGGGAAAACCCGGUUUUAAAGCCUAAUCCGAGCCAGAAGUGAGAGAAGAGUGUUUUCAGAGCAAAAACAGAGCCCUAGAGAGAGAAAGUACGAAGAACACAUCCUAGAAGCUGUCUUAGAGCUGGAUUUCAUCGAAUCGAGCCUGGAGAUCGUCAUAGGAGUGAAAAUCAUCGUCCCGGAGCAGAUUAUCCUCAUCGUUAUGAGUAUGACUAAUCCGAUUCUUGUUUUCUCUUCUCUCUCUAUGGAGUAGAACCCUUCUCUCACUUGGGGAUGAAGAACCCUAGUUCUAUGUGUUAGGGAUUGAUUGUAAUGACUUGGGAUGAUAUUACUGUUUGGUUUUAAUCGAUUGAGACAUGCUUGAUUGAGUCAAUUGAAUCUUGAUCAAAUUCUCUUGAUUUCUGCUUUAACCUAUGAUAGAUAGAAUCUGAUUAGGUUAAGAGAGCUUCCUUGAUUGAUAGUGGUGAAUUGGUUGUGCGAGAGUCAAUCAAUUUACUGCUUUGUACUGGAAUCUAAUUCCAGUAGUGAAUUUCUGUUCUUACUGCUUCAGCUUUCUAUCCCGGUGAAGACUAGUCGUCUGCCGGGUAGUUAGACUGAGAGGGCUUGGUCAGCUUAAGAGAUUCCAAGCUACUGCCGGAUCUUCCGCAGUCUAAUCAACAGUAAAUCAACCCAGGGUAAAUUGCAAUUGAAACCUAACUAAAGAGCUAGGGGGAUUCAUUCCCGAGUGACUCUUUCCUGCUUAAGAAAACCGAUUAAUUUCCUGCUUUAUUUCUGCUUUUAGUUUAAACAACAAUCACUUACUCUAGUUGGCUAGAUAACAGAGAAUCACUGAGUAAGCAGUAGAUCUAGACCCCGGGUUGAUAAUAUAACUUGCCUGUUACUGCAUUCCCGGUCUGCGAUUACACUUGGUCGCAGAUUGGUGUUGUGUUUUGGCGUGUCACCAGCCAUCAGCAUGACUCAUGCCCUCGUUUGUGGCCCGGUGAUCACCGCCUUGGCCCGCAACUAUGAGGUGGAUUACACGGGGAUGACUUUGGUGCACGGGGCGUUCCCAUUCAGCGAGGCUACUCUUCGCCACCAGCACUUGUUUGCUCGCCACGGUCGUCAGCGCUGGAUCGAGGGCCUUCCUCAGCCACCUCCUCCUGCAGAGGGUGACCAGGCCGAGCCGAGCGCCGCUGGUGGGCGUCGAGGUCGACGUCGCGUUCCCCGUCGUGGCCAGGCUCGCGCGAGCCCCUCUCCUACUCCCCGGUCUCCGUCUCCAGGGUCACCUCCUCCAGUGGUGGUGCCCAUCUCCGACCAGUUGGCGGCGAUCUCGCAGCAGAAUGAGCGCCUCCUAGCUGGCCAUGAGCUCCUCCACACCCGCCUUGAUCGUGAACGGGACCGAGGGCGUCGUAUCCUGUCCGGGCAGCACUACAUCAUGUCCUAUUUGGGCUUGGACCCGAGCGCGGUCCACUACCCGUUCGUGCAGUCCCCGAGGUUUGAGGAUGAGUACCCUCCACCCACCGGUGAUGGUGGUGAUGCCUAGAGCGGGUUUUGUGCUUUAUCUAUUUUCCAGACUGAGACUCCGUGUUUUGUGGUUUCGUUUUGUUUUGUUUUAUCUCGAAUUGUAGACUUGGUAGUCUGACUCCUAUCACCCAGUGUGUGUUUUUGUUGUCUCUAGCUCUGUGCCCCUUCUUUCGACUGGUCCGCCAUCCAGUCAGCUUUCCUGACCACUGUUUCACGGUAACAUCGUUCCCCUUCCCUCUGCUCCAUUGAGGACAUUGUCGCGUUUAAGUGUGGGGGGGGGGGGUUCUUUGUAUGAAUUGGAACGUAUAUAUGUGUGCUUGGAGCCUAGUCCACUGUCCAAAUCUUUAGAUUUGAGGGCUCCAAGCACGGCUGUUUGCUUGAUGAUUGAUCGUAUUGGCACUGUGGAUAUGAUUAGUGAAUUGAAUGGCUUUUGACUUGAUAUAUGACAACUUGAGUGGGACUUAGACAACUUAUUGUGAUGACUGAGAUGUGCAGUAGAAUUGUGUAGGGGUUUAGUUUUCUCAACUAUUUGCUCACCAAAUGUGACUUGGUUUGAUCACUUGCUUUUGACAGUCAUUUAUGCAUCUAGUACAGGGGAUCAGGAUGAGAGAUAGAGCAUAUAGGUAGCCAUGUGAGAUUUGAACCUGCUCGUUUCUUUCUUGUGCGAUAGUUUCCUCUUCCAUGAUGUGCAGCAUUCACGUUGUCAUUAGCUAAGAUGAUGGAGACAUAGGAUUAGCCCACGACCAAAUUGACUGUCCUAGUGUGUCAUACCCCUAGUUAGCCCCUUUGAGCCGUGUGUUUCCCUUUCUUUCGGUCUUCAAUGAAAAGUCACCCUUUUGCAUCUUUUAGAAGGUUCCACAGAGUGAUUUUUACAUGUUCUCUGCUGUUUCUGCUAAAUGUAAUGUGAGGGUUGGAGGUAGUGCUUAAAAGUUGGGCAGGUGUUCGAAAAUUUGCAGAGGUGGUGGUUCUCUUAGGAAAUGGAAAAUAAUGAAAGAAAAAAAAAUGAAAGCAAAAGAGAGCCACCACCAAAAAUCUGAAUAAUGCCCAUGUAGUAGUGUUUCUUAGCAGUCUGGCUUGGAAAUACUAGCAUUUAUGUAACCUCCUUCGCUCUUGUGCUUUGAACUUGAGUAAUGCAGAAUAGCAGAAAGAAAGUUAUUGGUUCGAU